CCGACGAUGACGUGUUGCGUCAUCGCUCCACUCAGCAGAAAAAUGCAAAAUAAAGGCCUGGAAGCCAUCGGAGACGCCACCACUACCGAAGAGAUUCAUCUGCAGGACAGAAUCCUCAGAAUCCUGAGCAACAGCACCGAACCAUCAGACGUGGUCUUCCUCUACUUCAACAACCAAUUCCCAGAAGAUCCGCCUUCGCGCUCUUUAUUUGAGGAGGAUGCUUUGAGUGAAGCUUCGGCUGCAGCCAA